UCUCGUUGCCCUCGGCUGUGGCACGGAGGCAAAUCCCAUGGUGUCCUUGUCCUUCCUCCCCCAGAGCAGGAGCUGAGCAUGGAGAGCAGGGAGGACAAAUGCCCGCGGCAGGAGCUGGUGGCAGAGGCCGUUUUGAGCGGCUCCACGGCACAGGAAGGCAACGGGGAGGAAAAGGCGCGGAGAUGGCGCACGAGGAGGGGCUGCAAACGCAGCCGGCGGGGAUGUGAGGGGGAAAGAGCCGGCCUGGGCCGGGAAGGCGGCCGGAGAUGGAGCCAGAGCUCGGAGCUGGUGCUCCGUGAUGGGGAGAAGCCCCACAGCUGCAUGGAGUGUGGGAAGAGCUUCAGGUGGAACAGCGAACUGAUCAGGCACCAGAGGAUUCACACUGGGGAGAAGCCCUACGAGUGUGGGGAGUGUGGGAAGAGCUUCAGGCGCCACUCCAAUCUCAUCACGCACCAGAGGACACACACUGGGGAGAAGCCCUACGAGUGUGGGGAGUGUGGGAAGAGCUUCACAGUGGGCUCCAACCUGAUUGUGCACCAGAGGAUGCACACUGGGGAGAGGCCCUACGAGUGUUCCAAGUGUGGGAAGGCUUUUCAGACCAGCUCUGAUCUCCUCAAGCACUAUCAGAGUCACAGAGAGGAGAGGCCUUUCCAAUGCCCUGAGUGUGGGAAGGGAUUCAAGCGCAACUCCCACCUCAUCACCCACCAGCACAUCCACACUAGAGAGACGCCGAACGAGUGUGAUAAAUGCAGGAAGAGGUGUCGGACCAGCGGCCAUCUCCUCCAGCACUAUCGCAUUCACUCAGAGGAGAGGCCCUUCCAAUGCCCUGAGUGUGGGAAGGGAUUCAAGUACGACUCCACCCUCAUCAGCCACCGGCGCAUCCACACAGGGGACAGGCCCUACGAGUGUGAUAAAUGCAGGAAGAGGUUUCGGACCAGCUCUCAUCUCCUCCAGCACUAUCGGAUUCAUUCAGAGGAGAGGCCCUUCCGCUGCCCCGACUGCGGGAAGGGAUUCAAGCACAACUCCCACCUCGUCAGGCACCGGCGCAUCCACACAGGGGAGAGGCCCUACGAGUGUCCCCAGUGUGGGAAGAGCUUCUACUGCAGCUCUAACUUGACCCAACACCAACGUAGGCACCGUGGGGAGAAGCCAUAUGAGUGUGGGGAAUGUGGGAAGAGCUUCAGGUGGAACUGCGACCUGAUCAGGCACCAGAGGAUCCACACUGGGGAGAAGCCCUACGAGUGUGGGGAGUGUAGGAAGAGCUUCAGGUGUAACUCCAGACUGAUCGAGCACCAGAGGAUCCACACUGGGGAGAAGCCCUACGAGUGUGGGGAGUGUGGGAAGAGCUUCAGAUGGAGGUCGGACUUGAUCAUCCACCAAAGGAUCCACACUGGGAAAAGGCCCUACGAAUGUGGGCAAUGUGGGGAGCGUUUCAUUCGGAGCUCCGACCUGAUACCCCACCAGAGGAGCCACACUGGGGAGAGGGCUUUCGAGUGUUCCAAGUGUGGGAAGAGGUAUCUGACAAGCUCUAAUCUCCUCCGCCACUACCAGAGUCACACAGGGGAGAGGCCCUUCCAAUGCCCAGACUGUGGGAAGGGAUUCAGGCAGAACUCCCACCUCAUCAUCCACCAGCGCAACCACACAGGCGAGAGGCCCUACGAGUGUGAUAAAUGCAGGAAGAUGUUUCGGACCAGCUCGGAUCUCCUCCUGCACUAUCGAAUUCACUCAGAGGAGAGGCCCUUCCGCUGCCCCGACUGUGGGAAGGGAUUCAAGCAGAACUCCACCCUCGUCAGACACCGGCGCAUCCACACUGGGGAGAGGCCCUACGAGUGUCCCCAGUGUGGGAAGAGCUUCUCCAGCAGCUCUAACUUGAUUCAACACCAAAAUAGCCACCGUGGGGAGAAGCCAUAUGAGUGUGGGGAAUGUGGGAAGAGCUUCAGGUGGAACUGCGACCUGAUCAGGCACCAGAGGAUCCACACUGGGGAGAAGCCCUACGAGUGUGGGGAGUGUAGGAAGAGCUUCAGGUGUAACUCCAGACUGAUCGAGCACCAGAGGAUCCACACUGGGGAGAAGCCCUACGAGUGUGGGGAGUGUGGGAAGAGCUUCAGAUGGAGGUCGGACUUGAUCAUCCACCAAAGGAUCCACACUGGGAAAAGGCCCUACGAAUGUGGGCAAUGUGGGGAGCGUUUCAUUCGGAGCUCCGACCUGAUACCCCACCAGAGGAGCCACACUGGGGAGAGGGCUUUCGAGUGUUCCAAGUGUGGGAAGAGGUAUCUGACAAGCUCUAAUCUCCUCCGCCACUACCAGAGUCACACAGGGGAGAGGCCCUUCCAAUGCCCAGACUGUGGGAAGGGAUUCAGGCAGAACUCCCACCUCAUCAUCCACCAGCGCAACCACACAGGCGAGAGGCCCUACGAGUGUGAUAAAUGCAGAAAGGGGUUUCGGACCAGCUCUGAUCUCCUCCUGCACUAUCGAAUUCACUCAGAGGAGAGGCCCUUCCGCUGCCCCGACUGUGGGAAGGGAUUCAAGCAGAACUCCACCCUCGUCAGACACCGGCGCAUCCACACUGGGGAGAGGCCCUACGAGUGUCCCCAGUGUGGGAAGAGCUUCUCCAGCAGCUCUAACUUGAUUCAACACCAAAAUAGCCACCGGUAAGGGAAGCCCUGCGCGUACCCCGAGUUCGGGCCGAGAUUCGUGUGCUGCUCCAUCUCACGGAUGUGGAUUGUUAUGGGCUGCCAUAGUAUGAUGUAUUUGACAGCAAAUUAAACACUCAAACUUACAGA